GUCCCCGCCGGGCUCCCGUUCGCUGCCAGUCCUCCACUAGGUGGGCUUUGCUGUGAGGUGACACCGGGGUCCCGGCGGGCGGUAUAGGCCUGGCUGGGGGCUAUUCCGUUAGCCGCCACCAUGAAGAAGGACGUGAGGAUCCUGUUGGUGGGAGAACCCAGAGUUGGGAAGACAUCGUUGAUCAUGUCUCUGGUCAGUGAAGAAUUUCCAGAAGAGGUUCCUGCACGAGCUGAGGAAAUUACAAUCCCUGGUGAUGUUACUCCAGAGAGGAUCCCAACACACAUUGUGGACUAUUCUGAAGCUGAACAAACAGAUGAACAACUGUAUAAUGAGAUCUGUAAGGCAAAUGUUAUCUGCAUAGUGUACGCUGUAAACAAUAAGAACUCGAUUGACAAGGUCACCAACCAUUGGAUCCCUUUAAUUAAUGAACGAACAGACAAAGACAGCAGGGUACCGCUGAUAUUGGUGGGGAACAAAUCUGAUCUCUUGGAGUACAGUAGCAUGGAAACUAUCCUUCCAAUAAUGAACCAGUACUCUGAGAUUGAAACAUGUGUAGAGUGUUCAGCUAAAAAUUUGAAGAACAUAUCAGAACUGUUUUACUACGCUCAGAAAGCUGUACUGCACCCUACAGGACCACUUUACUGCCCUGAAGAUAAGGAGCUUAAGCCAGCUUGUAUCAAAUCCCUGACACGAAUUUUCAAGAUUUCAGACCUGGAUAACGAUGGCAUCUUAAAUGAUGCAGAACUUAACUUCUUUCAAAGGACGUGUUUUCAUAUACCGUUAGCGCCCCAAGCUCUUGAGGAUGUGAAGAACGUUGUAAAGAAGAACGUUCAUGAUGGAGUUUCAGGCAAUGGAUUGACACUGAAAGGAUUUCUUUUCUUGCAUACACUUUUCAUACAGAGAGGAAGACAUGAGACUACGUGGACCGUAUUACGGCGCUUUGGAUAUGACGAUGACUUGGAGUUAACACCAGAGUAUUUAUUUCCACCGUUAAAAGUUCCUGUUGACUGUACAACAGAAUUGAAUCAUCAUGCUUAUCUGUUUCUCCAAAGUAUUUUCGAUAAACAUGACCAGGACAGAGAUUGUGCUUUAUCUCCUGAAGAGCUUAAGGAUUUAUUUAAAGUCUUCCCAUACAUGCCUUGGGGACCGGACGUCAAUAACACUGUGUGCACUAAUGAGAAGGGUUGGAUUACCUACCAGGGCUUUCUUUCACAGUGGACGUUGACCACAUACAUGGAUGUGCAAAGGUGUUUGGAAUAUCUGGGCUAUUUAGGAUACUCAAUAUUAACAGAGCAGGAGUCCCAGGCUACAGCAGUAACAGUUACUCGGGAUAAGAAGAUUGAUCUGCACAAAAGGCAGACACAGCGGAACGUGUUCAGGUGCAAUGUUAUUGGUUCCAAAGGAUGUGGAAAAAGUGGAAUUCUACAGUCACAUUUAGGAAGGAAUCUCAUGAGACAGAUGCGAAUACGGGAGGAGCACAGGUCGUUUUAUGCUAUAAACACAGUUUAUGUGUAUGGGCAAGAAAAGUAUUUGUUGUUGCAUCAUGUUGCUGAAUGUGAGGCCUUAUCUCCAGUUGACACCAUAUGUGAUGUUGUUUGCUUGGUCUAUGACAACUCUAAUCCAAAGUCCUUUGAAUACUGCUCACGGAUAUUUAAGCAACACUUCAUGGAUAGCCGUACGCCAUGCCUCAUUGUUGCAUCCAAAUCUGACCUCCACGAGGUGAAGCAGGAGAGCAGCAUCUCCCCUGGUGACUUCUGCAAAAAGCACAAAAUGCCUCCACCCCAAGCCUUCACAUGCAAUACAGCCGAUAACCCCAGCAGAGAGAUUUUCAUCAAGAUGACCACCAUGGCGAUGUAUCCUCACGCCCGGUUACGCUGCCUCUGCACCUGCAAUAGGUGUACAUUCUGCAUCUGUCAGAACCUGCUCAACUCAGACCUGCUGCAGUCUGUAAAGAACAAACUCUUCACUGCCGUUGUGAACAGGUUGAGAGCCGGGGUAGAUGUGUUGGGUGAAACGCUGUUAGCAGACACGGACAGCUGCCUGGGACACCAAGUUCAUCCGGUCCACAAUAUUGAGAACUCUGUCUUCAUGGAGUCAUCUGCUGAGUCAUGUAGAGUUGCUUCCAGGCACAUGUCACAAGCAGAGUUGAAAAAUUCAACGUUUUGGCUUCGGGCAAGUUUUGGUGCAACAAUUUUUGCCGUUCUGGGUUUUGCCAUGUACAAAGCCUUGUUAAAGCAGCGAUGAUCCAUGAUGAAAUAAGCCAUGUGGAUACCUUACCCCACAGCCAAAAAGCCACAAAUCCUUUUGAUGUAUGUUGCCCAUGCUUACAUUUCUGCCAGCUCAGAUGUAUUUAUAAUGACAUUAUUCAUUGUAACGCUCAACUACACCUGUUUUUUUUUUAAAAAAAAAUGUGUUAACAGUAUUCAAGAAAGUUUUUUCAAAGGUGAAUUUGCCAACGCUCAAGAUGAUUAUGUCUGCACUGAAGAAGACUCUGAUGUUAAAGGUUUUGUUGUGGGCUGCAUUAUAAAUGCAUACAUGUUCUUAGUUUGCUCAUCAAUGUGUUCAUCAAUACAAUGCAGUUGAUCUUCCGGUCCUCGUGGGAGCAGGACAGUCCAUGCUUAGAUGGACUGAUGGCAUUUUUUGAUACAGUGAUGCCACAGCAGCUUUUUAAAGUAAACUUUGCCCAAGUUAUAAAGUUAAAGUAGAACUUAGUACAUGCAACCAGUUAUGGUAGAGAUUGAACGCAUAAUCUCUUGUUUUGGCACCAAUAAUGAAAAGUUACUGAAGACCAUUACAAGUCAGGCAGUGGUGCUAAAGACUAACUGCUGUUGCAGUCAUUAAUUCAUACAAUCCUUUGACAGUUGUGGGUUUGACACCCUUCAUGUUGUAAAAAACGAAACACACAAAAUACAAAUAGCUGCAUGAUGUAAUGCUGUUUUAAAAGAUAACUGCUGACAUAUUUGUUAACCAAUCAUGCAAUGGUUAAACGUUUAUAUUCAGUUGUGCGUUUAGUAAUGUGCUAGCCUACCUACUAAAUGCCUCCAAAGCAGAUCACCCAAAAGGAAUUUUCCUGUACAUAUUGUAUAUAACUUUGUUUCAACUCUACCUUAAAACCAUUACAGGGCACCUGUUGCACCCAGCAGCCAACCUGUGAAUUAUAGCUUUUCUUUUUUUAACCUCAAACCAGAGAGAUUGUUCAAGUAUCUUUGAUUAUCUUUCUGAAAUGUUCUGCUCCCUGAGCAAAAUUACAUUUACUUGAAUGUGAUGUAAAUUGAAUUCCCUGAUUAUUUUUUUAAAGAUGCACGUGGUCUAAAAGGAAUCUUAAAACAAAUUAAUUAAUGUCUAAAUUCAAUUUGUGUUCUGUCAGAAAAAAACCACUGCGACUGCUAAUACCAGGUGAAUGAAUGUCUAUAUAUAAUUUUGUGAGCUAAGUUAUUUUAUUUUUUUGAAAUAUAAAUAUAUUUUAGAACCCAAAUCAAAUGCAAUUUCUAAAAUGAUUCACAUUCAUGGGGGGAAAAAAAUGCCACUUUUAGUUUCUCACCAUAUACACCCAUGUAUUAUAGGCUUUAGGAAAUUUACACAGUUUUUAGUUGCUUAAUGUAGUUAGUUAUCACAAUAAAAUAGUCGAAAUCUAGAUAGAUAAAUUCCAAUUAGUAGCACAUUUGUAAAGGCAAACUAAAAAUAGGAAUAUUAACUUAUAUGAAACCUAUAUUUUUCAUCACUGCCCCUUUUUUGUGGAUUUCAUUAAAAAAACAAAACUGUGUACCAUAA